UUUGACAGGAGAGAAUUUUUAGGUUAAGUGUUUACCAGACGAGGUUAGUGUUUACCAGACGAGGUUAUGUUUGUUUCGAAAGUAACGACGUAUCGUCACAAGAAGCCGGCAUUUCGGCUGGCUUAAGGAGGGCGGAUCCGGAACUGGAAUGUUUUGAUAAUCUCCAAGCCGAGCUUUGCUGGAUUAAUUCGCAAGGAGGGGCUUGCGAUGCUUGCGAAGGGGGUCGUCACCCAGAUAACCGAACACGUCCGCGGCCUGUCCGUCGGCAUCGCGGCGAUACUCACUCUCUGUUACUGCCUCCAUCCUGGCAGGUUCGCGUCGCAUUACAGCCACAUUAAAACUGAAGACAUCUUCAACGAGCUUGAGAAGGCGUACCUUCCUAAGAACAACUCAUGUGCCGUGAACAUCAGUGGCAAGUCAUCGCGACUUCUCUACCCGCUUAAUGAGGCCAAGGAGAAUCCGACGGCACUUGCAAGGCGACUAGGAAUUCUACCGGGCGGACAAUGGAAGCCCUCGAAUUGCCAUUCGCUCUUUAACGUAGCCAUAAUCCUGCCGUACAGGAACCGCAAAGCUCAGCUUACGAUAUUCAUGAAUUAUAUCCAUCCCUUUCUUCAGGCCCAGAAUCUCGAUUACAGAAUAUUUGUCGUGGAGCAAAGUCCCGGACGCGAAUUCAAUAGGGCGAAGUUGUUCAAUGUCGGCUUCAACGAGGCGAUCAAGGCCAACGAUUUUCACUGCUUCAUCUUUCAGGACAUCGAUCUGAUACCCCAGAAUCUCGACAACAUAUACGCUUGUACCAAAAUGCCCAGGCACAUGAGCUCUAGCGUUAAUACAUUCCGGUAUAACUUACCCUACAACGGAUUGUUCGGAGGUGCUAUUGCACUUACUCGCGAACAUUUCAAACGCGCCAACGGUUUCUCUAACGUUUUUUACGGAUGGGGUGGCGAAGACGACGACUUUUACAGCAGACUGCAAACUCGGGGGCUCAAGGUUUGUAGGUUUGGGCCAGACGUCGCGCAAUACUACAUGUUGAUACAUGCUAAGGAACCGCCGAGCAGUGCGAGAUUCGUUAACCUCGAAACUGGGGCGCGAAGAUAUGAUACUGAUGGAAUCAGUAAUCUCGAGUACCGAGUCUUAAGUCAUCAAUUACGUCCUCUAUAUUCGUGGAUACUAGCUGAUAUAUAAGCUUAGCUCAAAUUGUUUUUUUUUCUCAUAUCUUGUGUCAUCAUUCGAAAUGUAGCCUACAUUCUUCAUUCAUCCAGCUCAAUUUUCUUCGUAGAAAGAUUAGUUUGAAUAAUACAUCUAUGCAAAAAAUAUAUGUAUGGUAAUGUAAAGGAAAUGUAAUAUAGUAAAGAAAUUGCACGUUUUACAAGCAAUAAGCUGCCUGUAUAUUUAUUACAUUUGCUUAUGAUUUUUUCUCCCGAAUACAUGAAUGUUUAUCGAGCUAAAGCAGGAGUAUUAACAUACAAGUUCAUUAAGGGAUUAGUAAAAUGUAAUUUUUCUUUGUACAUGCAUCCACGCAUUCAUUUGACACACGAAUAAAAAAGUCAAAAUGUACUGCUACCAAGUGAUAGUAAAGAUGAGCAUAAUUUUCUUAAAUAAGAGUACACUAAAAAUUCAUUCAAUUUCGUUUAUUUCACAUAAUUAGUUCAUGAAACGAUUUUUUAAAUAUCAAUCAGUUAUCACGAUAAAAUUACGUUUGGGAUCGAUGGGCGUUUUAAUGAUCAUUAUUGUGUAUAAACCACAUAAAGGAAUUUCUAGUACCGUUUGGAAGCGGCUACAUAAUCAACAGUAAAAAAAAAUGGUUUUUUUUGUUGAAAAUAUGGCGAAACGAAUACCUAUUAAAACCGAUGGUCUUAUGAGGGAUUUAUAAUUAUCAAAGGCACGGCUGUUUUAAAAGCAAUGAAACAAUUACGUGUAAACGACUCAUGUUAUGGUAACUUUUAAACAUUCUUGUUAUUAAAAUACACGGGAUUCUAAAAAAAAUUAUAUAUAAUCAUGACUAUGAUUGCAUAAUAAUUAGUCGGAGUUCUCUUCUUGUAACUACAACAAUUGAUUAUGCCUCUAGAUGUACGUAGUAAACAAAGAGGCGAAAAAUAACUUAUAAAAAAAAAAAAAUUAAAAAAAUUACAAAUAAAAAGGCAGAAUCAACUCUCAUUCUAACGGAUGAACUGUUGUAUUACAUUUACUGGGGAGAAGCAGUGAGCGGGGACUGACUGGGCUGUGGCAUGAUGUAAAAG